CUGCUGUCGGUCCAACCAACUUGGACAACAUGCCGCUUUCAAACACACAAGUCACGCCGCCGCAACUUUCCAUCCGCGUCUGGAUUUAAAGCUUCAUCCGGAGCGUUUUUUUCUCUCCACAAACGCCACAUGGUCGACACUGAAUCCUGAAAUGUGGACUCACCUGACACCUGGCAUCAAGGGUUAGGAGAAACUUCCGAGCUAGCUUCAUUUUAUUUUUUUGCGUUUGGGGAUCAUUUACCUGGGAUUUUCUGGACAUGGGGGCCCUGUGGACGCACUGCGUUUUCCUCCUGGCGUUUUGCUGUGGAUCAGGCUUUGGAAGCUCAAACAAAUGCGACGAAGUGCGCAAAGUUUUCCAACUCAGACAAAUCGGACCCAGUCAGCUACUGCCUUUGAGUCCCAGACCAGGUUCAGACCUCCAGGUCUGCACGUCCAAGAAUCUGACGUGCUGCACCAAAAAAAUGGAGGAGAAGUACCAGGUGGCUGCCCGGAGAGACAUCCAGAACCUCCUCCAGACGUCUAGCUCCAGCCUCAAGUUUCUCAUAUCGCGCAACGUGGCUGCUUUUCAAGAGACAUUUGAGGUUCUGAUGAGGCAGGCAGAGAAUCACACUUUUGCUGUCCUCCAGCAGUCGUACCACAACCUGGCUGAUGAAGCUAUGGGCGCAGUGCGGGAAUUCUUCACCGACAUCGGACUCUUCCUGCUGGGGUCCGAGCUCAACGUUGAUGAACUGGUGCAGCGGUUCUUCGAUGCUCUCUUCCCGUUAGUCUACAAUCACCUCAUCAACCCUGGCCUCAGCGACAUAUUGCCGGGCUAUGCGGAGUGUGUGAGGUCAGUAAGCCGUGAUGUCAGACCGUUCGGAGGGACGCCAAGCCUCCUGGCUGAUCAGAUUGCACGCUCUGGGGUAUCUGGGAAGCUUCUGCUUCAGGCGCUGCACCUCGGCAUCGAGGUCAUCAAUACCACAGACCACUUACAGCUGAGCCGUGAAUGCAGGCGGGCGCUGCUCAAGAUGCACUACUGUCCUCAUUGCCAGGGUUUAACUCAGUCCAAGCCCUGCAUGGGCUACUGCCUCAACGUGAUGCGGGGGUGUUUGGCAAGCAUGGCUGAAAUCGACGCCCACUGGAGGGAGUUUGUUCGCUCGCUGGAAGGCCUGUCUGCAAGGAUGCAUGGACCCCAGGAUUUGGAGCAAGUGCUGCUGGGAGUUCAUACGCUGCUUCACGAUGCUGUCAGACAUGCUCAGAAAAAUGGACCCCACCUCUCAGCACAGGUGCACAAACUGUGUGGCCCACCGAGCAGGAAACCUGCACAGUCUGUCAGCAUUCAGCACAGCAGCAGCAGCAGCAGCAGCAGCAGCAGCAGAGAAUCCAUCCCUCUUAAAGCUGCUGUCAGAGUGUCAGCAGACUCGCUCGCUGUCAAGAGAAGGGACUUCCUGAACAGUCUACGUCUCUACCGCACAUACUACGGCGGCCUGGCGGAUCAGCUGUGCGUGAGUGAACUGGCGUCUGGUGACGGUUUAUCCUGCUGGAAUGGAACCGAAAUUGUAAAAAGCUACACCCUCCGUGUGGUCGGCAACGGGAUCAAAGCUCAGAGCGCCAACCCUGAAAUCAAAGUGAAGGGAGCCGACCCUGUAAUAAAUCAGAUCAUUGACAAGCUGAAACACAUCAAUCAGCUCUUGCAGGGGAAGUCCAUCCCUAAACUGGGCUCACUGGACCAGAUUGAAACAGGAAGCGGCGACGCAGAAGGACGUUACAGCGGAGACUGUGAUGAUGAGGACGGCUGCAGUGGUUCAGGUGGAGGUGAAGUUAAGAGAAAAGUCUCCAGAGUCUCCAAAUUGAGUCCAGAUGUGACCGGUGAUCACAAACAUCAUCAUCAUUAUCAUCAUCCACCUGCCAAGGAUUCAGAAAUAGAGGGCAGAUCCAGGAGCCUCAGACUGACAGGAACCAUCUGGGCCCUGGUAUUGCCGUGUUUACAUAUGCUCCAGGCCUUGUAACAGCUGCCUUUUCUGCAGCGGGAAACUUUUAGACUUGAUUUCAAACUUAUUUAUCCAGAUGUGAAAGGGCCAGUGGAUGGUAACAGGCUCCAGUAUAUCAUGGACCAACACUUCCACACAGUGCAGGACACAGUAGGAGUGAACACUAAGGAUCGCGUGGAAGUUGCAAGACUUUGUGAGUCAUGUAAGAUGACAUAAGGUUCAGCUGUGCAAACAUGAAUUGAUUUUUUUUUCUUAUCAGUUAGGUGGCAUUCGUUAACACUAACAAUGGCUUAUUUAAAACAAACAAGGUCAAAAAUAACUACAGCAUAUCUUGUAAAAGUCUGGUGUUACUUUCAUUGUUUGUCUGCAUAUUGAAGAUAUGAUUUUUUAAAUCUGAAUCUGCACAUCACAAUAUACAUUACAGGUAGUACUCCUGUUAGUUGGUCUCCACAGCUCUGGCAGUUACAGUAUUUCUACAAGGCCUAAUUAUAAUGGUCUGUUAUUCUUAUACCAUUAUUGGAAUCUCUCCCACAUAUAAACCAGCACAGAUCUUUUUUUUAAACAAGGGUGCUUCAGUUGUGCUUCAAAUCACUAUAGAAAACCUACAGUAAACAAUUAGGUAUGUACUGUAUGUUAUACAGUACAUUUUGCUAAUAAUGAAGCAGAACACAAGCUUCUCAAUGGCAGUAACUGCCUUGCUGUCUGGAAUCCAUUGAAUUGGAAAUUGACCUGUAAUGUUGCUCCUGAGUGAAAUGGUGAAAGCAAAGGGGUGGGCGGGUGAAAGUGGUGGGGGGGCAGGUGAGUGAAUUCAUACCCCUUUCUUCCUUAGAAAUAGAUUAGUUUCCUCAGGACUCUAUUAUCAUCUUUCAAACUCAAUCCUCCUCUGCCUUCAUAGGCCUGGAUAGGAGCUGAUAGCUCCUGGAGCCACUAGUGAGGAAGAAUCCAAUUGCUCCUACCUGCUACCUGAGUGCGUACUGCUGGUGUGUUGCUGACAGGUUUCUGUGCAGACUAAAGUAACAUGAUUUGUUUCACAUAUGCCAUGCAUGUCUGGUCAGUGGCUGAGUGAGAAUAGUACUCAUACUGAUACUGGAAAUUGGUUUGCUGGGGAACUAUUUGUAGAGCUAAAGAAAAAAAGUAUCUUUUUAGAAGCUGCAGUAGCUAAAACGUACUCUUUGUAUCCAAAUAUAGCUGCUUGUAUUCAGCAUUUCUUUGCAUAUGUAUACAUGCCGCCGAAGUAAGCAAGAAAAACAUUAAAGCUGCUACUGUAAAUAGAUCGCAGUGUAAAUGAGAAAUCCCAUUUAGUUUUUCUAUAUGUGUUCAAGUGUACAGAAAGAUUUGAAAUUUAUAGUUUAACAAAAACUGUGAUAAUGUAAGCAUAAUUACUAAGACAAUGUUACCUUUGAGGUAAAGUCAGUGAUUCCAAUCCAAUUCAGUGAAAAUCUUCUCAUAGUCUGCUAGUUGUUUGUUCAGUGUGUCAACUAAGAAACAAAAAAAAUAUUGGUUUAAGCUCUUGCACAGAAGCAAAAAGUAUGGGAGAGAGAGAGGAGAUGGUUGAGAGAAGACAGUGGUAGUAAGUCUUGUGCCUGCUAACUUCCAGAGUCACAGAGUUCUCCUUUUAAUUUAUGAACUCAUAUAACAAUUAAUUUGUAGUUACUUAACUGUGUGCAACCCGUGACCAUUUAGGGUUCUGCUCACCUUAAUAUGGAACCGAGCAACAUGCAAAUUAGAUUUCAUUUUUAGCUUCACCUCAGAUCCUUUUUUUUCAGCUGCAGCUUUUUAUUUUCCAGCCCAAGGUGCAAUUUCCUCAGGUACGAUGUUUGAUCAUAUAUGAUCCCAAUUUAAAAGCCUGCGACCUUCCUCACAUUGCAGUUGUGCUAAAGCUUGCACAGUAAUGGUUGUCAUUAGUCAUUUUCACCUUUAAUACACCAGGUUAGACUCUUAUCAUAAUAUGCAGUCAAGGUUGUUUGAAUCGCUUGGAGCUUUUUCACCCACAUACUCGAGGUUUCUAAAUGUGAUUCAUUAUAUUCCUCAUUUCUUAUAUUGAAUUUAAUAUGUUCUGUUGUGGCUUUUGUUUUUGGCUUAGCUUCCCAAACAACAGUAGUCACCGCUUAACAACCAUAAUGCAGUUGUCUAACUUCUUAACAAGUCACGACUGCAUCCCCCAAACCAAUUAUAUUGCAGGUUGCCACCCUCGAACUCAGUGUUAUUGUCAUUUGAACAACUGUGUUAAUGACACCACUAAAGAAUAGUGUUCCUUCUCUAACUAGAUGACAGGCAGCAGAUACAGAGACAAAGGUGCCCUGAGGCAAAUAUAGAUGCCAGGUUCUACUGGUUCUCUUGUACUUAAAGGAAGGAGUUCAAUUUGAUGUCUUAUGUGAUUAUUAUUGCUACAUAGUGAGGCAGUUACCCAGAAGAGGGAGGAAAGAGGCCAGAUGCUGAGAAUGGUGGCGGUAUAAGUGAUACUUCACCCACAUCCGCAGAGAUGUAAUCCUGCAGGCACUGCAAUGUGUCAGCCUUGAAAAACGUGCGCUUUCGAAUAUACUCUUUGGAAGGUAAAUGUGUAAUUUGACAAAGAAAUCCAUGUAGCACAUGUGGCUCUCUUUUUUUCCAUAAUGGUCUGUGACGAAAAACUACUUUUUAUUACACCCAGGGUUUAAUUUUUAUAGUUUAGGUCUUCAAUUCAGUCUGUUAUAUUAAAGUGUUCCACUGAAGUGAUUGCUAGGAUACUGGAAUGCAACAACAUUGAAAAAAAAAAGGUGAGAUGUUGCAACAAAAACAAGCAAUAAAACAGAUGGUUUGUGAACACAACCCCCAGGUUAGUAAGCGUUGUGAAAAAGAAGGCCAACAGUAAAAUAAUCAUCCAAACUGUUCAUAUUAGACAUCAUUGAAAGUUACCAGACUAACUCUUGGUUCAAUUCUGACCUGCUAACCCUGUGCAAAGUGUUUUCCCUUGCAGUAAUUAUUACUGUCUAACCUUCAAGUAAAGUGUUCUUUGUCUUGUUUAUAGCCUGUCUUGUUUUCUGCCUGCUUGUAUUUGUUGCUCCGUUGGACCUAUUUUUAACAGCAACAUUAUGUUCCCAUAUGUCAGCAGUUUCUUAGAUGGCUAUGUGAGUAGUUUUCCAUUUAAUCCAACCAAUGUUCGUAUUAGUUUGUACUUGAAUUUCUCUUCAUUGUAAUAACUCUAUGAAAUAACUUUAAGCCUGUUUACCAGCAGCAUCCAGACGUUUCAGGUUGUCAUCGAUACAUUUUAUUUUGCACCUGUUGUAGCUCACACUGGCUUCAACCAGCAAACGCAGUAGCUCACACAUAUUUCUACCAAGAAGCAUCCCUUGACCUUUUCUUCAGGAUUCACAGCUCUCCCCAGGCUUGCUAGGACAUGUAAUCCAAGGUUUCAUAUUUUCUACUGACUUUAAAAUGAUAUUCUUUUCUCGUCCAGUAUCAAUCAUUUCUUUUUCUUGGAAGCAGUGAGUUCUCACUGCAACUCAAGUUUGACUUUAAAAACAAAACUUCUGAUGAUUAAUCUGCAAAUGGUGUAUAUUUCUGUUCCAACCGAUUCUUUAAUAUAUAUGAGAUCACAUGUUAAUACUUUUUAAUAAAAUAAUAAAAGAUUAUACAGCA